AUGGAGCGAGUAAAAGACGACCCAAUUAAUGAUAAAAAAGAAGCAUAUUAUUUACCACAUCAUGCGGUUUUCAAAGAAGCAAGUACGUCGACUCGACUUCGCGUUGUUUUUGACGCUUCAUGCAAGACUAGUAACGGUGUUAGUUUAAACGAUACAUUGUUAAAAGGACCGGUUUUACAAGACGAUUUGAUAUAUAUACUCGCUCGUUUCCGAACACAUAAUUUCGUAUUGUCCGCAGAUAUUACGAAAAUGUACAGACAAUUUUGGGUAACAGAAGCUCAUAGAAUAUUUCAACGAAUAUUGUGGCGCACAAAUCCACAGGAAAAUAUUAAAAUUUUUCAACUUAACACGGUUACUUACGGAACCGUUCCCGCGUCUUUUUUGGCUACUGGAUGCCUACAUAAACUAGCCGAUUCGCAAAAUGUCGAUCCCAUAAUAGCAGCGGCUAUAAAGCGCGACUUCUAUAUGGAUGAUUUCUUAGGCGAUACUAAUUCUUAUGAAUCAGCUGUUCAAUUACGAGAUGGUCUAAUUAAGACAAUGCAAUCCGCUGGCUUAGAAUUGCGAAAGUGGGCUUCGAAUAAUGACAAUUUAAUUAAAGAUCUUAUUCCAAUAAAACAAGAUAGUAACGACACAGUCCUCAUUAGCGACGAUAAUUCGAUAACAAAGGUUCUUGGAUUGUUUUGGAACUCAACCACUGAUACGCUACAAUUUAAAGUGCAACAAAAUAAUUUUACAAUCAUAGGUCGAAUUACGAAACGCGAAAUCUUAUCGGUAAUCGCAUGCUUAUUUGAUCCAUUAGGAUUAGUGGGUCCCGCUAUUAUACGUGCCAAGUUGAUGUUACAGCAGUUGUGGCGAUUAAAAAUACAGUGGGACGAACCGCUUCCCAGCGAAAUCCAAGAACAAUGGAUUAACUAUAGAAACUCUUUGUGUGUAUUAAAUAACUUAAUUAUACCUCGACAAAUUACGUGUAAAAACGAUAUCGUAAAUAUACAAAUUCACGGAUUCGCGGAUGCGAGCAUCAAUGCUUAUGGUUGUUGUUUAUAUUUACGAUGUACAAAUUCGGAUGGUAUGCACACCUCAAAAUUAAUAUGUGCAAAAUCCAAGGUGGCACCAUUAAAGAUCAUAUCUUUACCUCGAUUAGAACUAUGCGCGGCGCUUUUAUUGUCAAGAUUAUCGAGUAAAAUAGUCUCAAAAUUAAACUUGAAAAUUAGUAAAAGUUAUUUUUGGUCUGAUUCGAAUAUUGUUUUAUCGUGGAUUACUUCCCCCUCUACCAAAUGGAAAACCUUUGUGGCCCACCGGGUUGGGGAAAUUCAGGAACGAACUUCUAUUGCGGAUUGGUCACACGUCGACACCAAAGAAAAUCCCGCUGAUAUUAUUUCGCGUGGUUGUUGCCCUUCAAAAUUAAGUUCAUUAUCAUUAUGGUGGUUUGGUCCUAAAUGGUUAAUUAAAAAUGAAAUAGAGUAUCCUGUACAAAAGACGUCUUCGAAUUCAACAAAAUUAAAAAUACCUGAAGCCCGAGAGAUAACGAUAUCUAAUGUAUGUACAAAUACUCUAAAUGAUUCUUUUUCCUUAAUUAAUCAUUAUUCGUCUAUAAACAAAUUAAUUCGCGUAACCGCUUAUUGUUUACGUUUUCGGUACAAUGCAUUACACACAAAUUCAAGGUUAACAGGAAUGCUUAGCUUGGAAGAAAUUAAAUACGCGCGUAUUGUUAUAAUACGAUGUGUUCAAAAAAGAUCAUUCCAACAUGAAAUAAAAGAUUUAAUAAAAUUGAAAAACGUAAGCUCGUCUAGUAAAUUAUUUCGUCUGUGUCCAUUUAUAGAUAACGACGGUUUGAUAAAGGUUGGAGGUCGUUUGAAGAACGCCGCUUCGAUAGACAUUUAUCAACGACACCCGAUUGUCCUACCCGCAAAUAAUCAUUUUACACGUUUAUUAUUUGAACAUGAACACGAAAGAUGCAUGCACGGGGGCCCACAAGCGACUUUAUCUACGGUACGAUUACAAUAUUGGCCGUUAAAUGGUAGAAACAUUGCACGAAGUACAGUACAUAAACGAGGUAAAAGUAGUGUGAUAUAUUCCGAUAAUGCUACCAAUUUUGCCGGGGCAAAUAAUAAAUUAAAAGAAUGGUACGAUGUAUUUCAAGUCGAAAAACAUAAAUCAAAGUUGGAUGAGUUCUUGACGAACAAUGGUGUGCAGUGGAAAUUUAUACCCGCGCGCUCACCGCAUUUUGGUGGAUUAUGGGAAGCCGCUGUGAAAUCUAUGAAGAAUAUAGUACGAAAGACGUUAGGUGACGCUCAUUUAACAUAUGAAGAAUUUAAUACCAUUCUCACGCGCGCCGAAGCAUGUUUAAAUUCCCGUCCUAUUACACCUCUCUCUACUGAUCCUAAUGACUUAGGAGUAUUAACACCCGGUCAUUUCCUAAUAGGUGACUCUCUGCUAGCAAUUCCCGAACCUGACAUAUCUGAGGUCAAAACCAACAGAUUGACGCGAUGGUGUAGGUUAAGUCAUUAUUCUCAAAUAAUUUGGAAAAAAUGGAGUCGUGAAUAUUUAAAUCAACUUCAGGAGAGAAAAAGGUGGGCAGGUGAGAAGGGACCUAAGUUAGAUGUGGGUACUGUAGUAUUGGUUAGAGACGAAAACAUUCCCCCUUUAAAUUGGAAGCUGGGUCGUGUGACGAAGGUUCAACGAGGUCCCGACAACAUCAUUCGCUCAGCUGAGGUUAAAUUGUUAAAUGGUUGCAUAACACGAGCAGUGCGUAAUUUGUGUCCUCUUCCCUUUGAUGGAAAUAUAUCUAAAUAA